AUUACCGCGCAAACAAACAUACCGUUGCCAAGAACUUUUUGCUGGUUGUCGUGAAUAAUUACUUUUUAAAAUGCUGGAUUUUCAUGGCUUGUAAGAAAUGAAAUCGUUUUCAAGAGAACAUAGCAAGUUUAAAGCAUAGGUUAGCUUCAUUAAUCUGCAAAAAUGACUGAAAUUCUUUGUCGCUGGCUUAAUGAUGAGCUGAGAGUGUCGCAGCAAGUCGAUGAUACAAAUUUUGCUGAGGCAUGUGCUAAUGGGUUCUUGAUUGGUGAAGUCUUAAAGAGGCACCAACUCCAAGAUGACUUUGAAUUCUUCUCCCAGAACAAAACGUCGGACUCCAAGCUCAACAACUUUACCCGCCUGGAGCCGACCUUCCGACUCCUGGAAGUGCCCUUUGACACCAAUGUCGCCAGGGAUGUCAUGACUCAGAAGGCGGGUAUCGCUACCCGUCUCAUGUACCAGAUUUACAUCGCCCUCCAGAACAAGGAGGCGGCUAAUCUGACGGGCGUGGCCAUGGAAACCAUGCGUCCUAGGGCACCGGUCAAAUUAGAGAGCCUGGAAAGAGUUCCUUACGGAGAGAGACUGAAGAUCCUCACGCCACGUCAGACGGAUAUCAAUCUCGACCAGCUGGUGGAUAAGUUUAGGGAGAGAAAGCGAAGCCAUCUAGAUGUUGAGUUCCGCACCAAGUAUGAGGAGGAGGAGCGUCGUCGCCAAUGGCAACAGGAGCAGAGGAUGCUGGAGUUGCAGAAGGCUGCUCAGGCCAGGCAGAGACAGACAGAGCUUGUGGCUCGCAUCAAGGCUGCCACAGUGGAGAUCCCCAAGCCUCCACCUAACCGUACCCUGCGGGCGAUAGCUGUGAGGAAGGAGCUUUCAAGGAAGAAAGAAGCUGAUAACACCAGCAAGGAGAUAGCAGCCUUUGAGCAACAAAUCAGUCGCAAUCUACCCGUCGGUGUGGAGACCCAGGAUGAACAGGAUGUUGAUGCAGAAGUAGCAACAUACCUUCAACAACCAGAGAAAACCCAAGCUGAUUUAGCUUCACUCAUUAAGCCUGCCUCCAAUGAUGACUACAUCGGCAAGAUUCGAAAGCGUCUGGAGGAGGAUGCCGUAGCCAGGCAGGAGAGGGAGAAGAGGAGACGCAAGGUGCUGGUGGACCAGAUCAAAGCUCAUGAAACUAAUGAGGAAAUGCGUCGGGAGGAGUUCCUUGUGACGCGGUUGAUGCGUCAAUCUCAGCAGGAGCGGCGCAUCGCCACACAGCUACUGCAGCUGAGGCACGAGAAGGCCGUCAUCCAGCAGAACCGUAUCUCCCGCCAGGAGCAAUAUGAAGAGCGUCGUCAGAAGGACUUCCAGGAAGCACUGGACAAAGAAGCGGAAAUGGCCCGCCAAGCCAAGCUGGAGUACAUUGAGCAGACCCAACGAGACAAGGAGCUCCAUGACCAGAUAGCUCAGGACAGGGCCGACGCCAAGUACCAGAAGCACUCCAACCACUGCAGGGACAUCCUCCUGGACAUUGUGGACUUCUCCUGCAAGGUCGGCAAGUACAGGGAGCUCACCAAUAGGUUAUUACCACCGAAACUAAUGAGAGACUGGACUCUCUUGUUCACCAACGGCCAGCCCUUGUAUGAGCAAGUAGAGGAGGAAGAGUUCAUUGAACCUGAGGUACCCACUGAAGAGCAGCUCAUGGAGGAAGAAAGACAGAUGCUGAUUGAUGAGGGAGACUUCUUAGAAUACAAGAAUAUGGUCGGUGAAUGGCAGCCUCCUGAGGAUAGUGAGAUCAAAGGCAUCCCUACCAACAAUGCCGUCUUGGGUCACAUCUUGGCUCGUCUCUUCAACAUCGUUUCUCCUCCAUCGCCCCCUCCCGCUCCACCCGACAUGCCACCGUUCCCUGUCAAGGCUUGUUUCCUGGGCAAAGCUUUCUGUGGCAAGACAACUCUAGCAGAACACAUGGCGCAAGAGCAUGGUCUGAAGGUGUUGAACAUGGAUGCCUUAGUCCAGGAGGCUGUGGAUGCCUACAAGGGAGGCGAGAUCCUAGAAUUGCCUGAAGCCUCGACCGAGACCAUUACUGAUGCUGGUGAAGGUGAACUUCAGACGGAUACACAGAGUGGUGUUAACAUCUCCACCACUCUCACCCCUGCUCCAUCUAGCUCUGCAAUAGAUGCUAAGUCUGUAGCCUCAGCCAAGACAGCAGUAACUGCUCAGCCCGCACCUCCUUCAAGGGAUGCUUCACAAUCAGCCCUACUGGAAGAAGGCAAGGAGAAAGGAGAUGAGGAGAAACCAGAAGGACCCAAGGAGGACGGAGGUGCGGAGACCAAGGAAGGAGAAGCAGCGGAUUCCAAAGAGCCCAAGUCAACCAAGAAGAAGAAGAAGGAUAAACCUGAGCUGAGUGGCCGAGGUAAGCUGGGUCAGAAGGCCAUCAAGCUGCUUAGGAAAGGUCAACCUCUCAAAGAUGAGCUCCUGAUUGAGAUCAUGGUCGAAGCUGUCAGGCGCGCCAAGGAUGAGCAGGGCUGGAUCAUGGACGGCUUCCCCUCCACCCUUGCCCAGGCCAAGCUGCUAGAGAAGGCCCUGAGCGGGUAUGACGCCAACGCCAAGACGUCCAAGCAGAAGCUCAGGCAGAGCCGUCUGGCCCUUGACCCUCACCCGCCCAAGGACCCUCCUCCUCCGGUCAGCGGGAUUGAUCUGGUCGUCCAUCUGGAUGUGUCCGAUGACCUAGCCAUGCGUAGGGCUGCCGGACGCUAUUAUGCUAACCAAGAAGAAGAGGAAUACCACCAGGAGUUCAAGCCUCCACCAGAGGGCAGCGCAUCAGGUGUCGGCAAACAGGAGAAAGUCCAACCGGUCAAGGAUCCAGCCUUUGACCAGGAGCAGAUCCAGCACAGAAUUACUGGAUUCCAAGAUUCUUGGAAGAAGAUGGAUAAGUGGUUCUCAAAUUUCCACAUUCUCCAAAAGCUGGAUAUUUGCAUGGAAAAAGAGGAGGCCUGUCAAGCCAUCAAGAAUAUCAUGGUCGAGACCAAGGAAAAGAUGGAGAAGGCCAAGGAAGAUGCCUUGAAAUCAGAGGAGGAAGCCUCAAAGACAGCCGAAGAAGCUCCUCCAACCACAGCUGAUACCAGCUCAGCUGUACCCUCUGAGGGGAUGGAGUCCACCGCUCCCCAGCAGCCUGAUUCACAGACCGCUGUAUCAGAAGCUGACAAAGCAGCAGCCUCGCCAGGAGGAUCUAGAACUGGGUCAGCUAAAGGCAAGGGGUCAGCUCGGGGCAGGUCACCCAAGGGUGAGAAAGGUAAAAGGUCAAGGAGCGGGAGUGCCAAGAAGUCGCCUUCCAAAGAGGGAAGGAAGAGUGCCAAAGAAGACAAGAAGGCCAAAGGUGCCUCGCCCAAGAGGAAGGGUUCACGCAGUAAGUCACCCAAGAAGCGCCGCACCCCUACCCCUGAACCAGAGCCUGAACCCGAACCCCCUGCUGAGCCCACCGGUCCACCCCCUCCUCAGCCUGGCUCAGAGGACUGGGUCUAUGUGGAUGAACCUAUAGAUGAGAAUCUUGCUAAUGCACUGGCCCCGCACUGGGAAAACACUGAGUCCACCUACCUGGGCGCCAGCAAGCACGUCUUCCGCAACGUGCGCAACGAGAGGGAGGACAUCUACCACUACUACUACCGCAUCCGACGCAACUUUGAGGCUUACCUGCGCCGGCCGGACAGCAAGCAGGAGUUCAUGAACAUGUGGCAGCAGGAGUAUAACCUGAUCGCAGAGGACAUGAGGGAUGACGACGAGACCAAAGCUGAACUGCAUCAGAGGGUCCAGGACCUUAAGGAGCAGCUGUGGGAGAUGUCCGAUGAGAGGAAGCUGGAGGCAGAGGCUGAACGUCAGUCCGUCAUCAACGAGGGUUGGUUAGAAGACCGACUGGGUCUCCUCACCAAUCACUAUCUUACUCUUCUGCAGUGUGAGGUUGAUCGCUACCAAGACACCCUGCGUCUCCUCAAGGACUACUACCAGGGCAUGGAGGGCAAGAUACCGGAAGAGCUGGACCCCAACUACGCCCGUAUCCCUCUCAUCGACCUCCCUCCCAUGGAGCGACCCGAUUCGGGCAUCCCUCCCGCCGAGAGCGCUGUACCCAGUGAGAGCCACACCCAAGUGGUCACGCCCACCCCGACCACCCCAUCGGCCAAGGGCAAGAAGGGCAAGGGGGAGGUGGUGGAGGAGAUUAAGGAUGUGGAUGAUGAGCUCAAACCAAAGAUCCCGUUGGUCCCCCGACGCCCCGGCUCAUCGGAAGGCUUCUUCCCCAUCCCCACUCCAGGGGCUGAUAAGAGGGAAGCCAAGGGAACCAAGAGCAGGGCGGGUAAGGGCAAGGAGAAGGAGAAAGCUGCAGCGCCCUCUACCAGUGCCGAUGAGGAGAAGGAUACUCCUCAGCCACCGGCAGAUCCAGAUGAAAGACUCAUCUUUGAAGCAUACCAGUUUGGACUGCACAAGAUAUCAGAGAUCUGGGAUAACUAUAAGGUUGGAAUCCUGACGGUUGCUGAGAUGGCAGCCAAGGAUGCGGAGGAGGAGGCUGACAAGGCCCGAGACGCGGAGAAGGCGGAGAAGGGCGAUAAGAAGGGCAAGGGCAAGGAUAAAGACAAGGGAGCCAAGAGGGCCAAGAGCAAAUCACCCACUGGCAAGAAAACUCCAGGGGGUAAGAAGUCGCCCAAGAAGGGUAAGAAGACCGCCACGCCCACUCCCCCUCCCACCCCUCCACCGGUGGAAGACACCCCUGAGGAGAAGGUCAAGAGAGAGCUCAAGGAACGGAUGAAGGCAGAGUACCUGGGAGCCAUUGCGCUUGAAGAAUCGAGCUUGAAGACGAGGAUGGAGUUGAUUAAGAUACAUGCCAUCGAGGUUCUACAGGAGCUGAAGGCCAGGGCCGAGGAGGCAUACAAGGACAUGGAUAAUUGGCUGGGAUUGAGGUUUAUCCAGGAGAUGGACAGUAUCAACAUUGUAUGUCAGUAUCUUGGAGAGUGUAUCGAGAAGAAAGCCAAGAUUCAACCGGAGCUAGUCGUCUUCCAGGAUGACUUUGCAAUCAACAAGCUGGUGAAGGUGUAUCGUACCCCUAGCCCUCCCCCUCGCCCUUACCCGAUAGAGCUAGCUCAGAUGGAUACAUUCACUGUGGAGCAGAUCAUCAACCUACAGACCCAGUUCAUCAAGUCAGCCCCCUCUGGGUUCAUAUCCGCAAAGGGCUUCAUCGACACUCUCUGUGACAUGACUGCGUUGACUCAUGGGAUGGAAGCUUUGCCUGAUGGAUGGAUGAAUAUCAGCAUUGCUCAGCUGGAGACCCUAGCAGCUCAGCUGUCUCCUGACUCUGAGUACAUCGAUUGGAAGACCUUCCUGCUCCAGUCAUGCCAUCCCUGGUGCCAGCCUUCCCAAGCUCAGCUCCUUGACACCCUGGAGGAGUUCAAGAAGGCUGAUGUCCUCAACACCGGCACUGUCACUAGGGAACAGUUUGAACAGGUGCCCUUAUGGUACAGUAACGACCAGCGGGUGCCGUCCCCAGAGGACCCCACGGAACCAAGCCCUUACAACCGCACCCUGCACAUCCAACGUCUCUUCUUUGAUAUCUUCGCCGAUACUGCGGCCAUUCCUCCCCUCUUGGAUUACACCAAUAUGCUGCUGUAUUUCAGCGUCGAUGCAAACUACUUGAAUGGUUUCUUCCGGGCGCUCAGCGUGGCUUCCGCCAAUCACAUGCCCCGCCCCAAACCCGCAGAGGUGGAAACUAGCAAGAGAGAUGUAGAGACCAUGAAAGAGAGUCAACUGUCAUUUGAAAAUCAGGAUGGAAAUAAGGUUGUUGAGAACAUGACUGGUGAAGACCUGACUCUUGGUCCAAGACACAUUGAACCAAGCCUCGGCCCACCUGAAGAAGGGGUACCGGUCUCUGCUGUGAGUGCCACCGUCCCUCUCAGUGCCCUGGUGCAGGUCCUUCACCAUGGCCAGCCAUCGCUGGGUGACAGCCAUCGCUUCAGCGUGACCUCUGACCCUGAGGAUACCUUCGGCCAGGAGCGUCUGGCGGCUGUCUACCGGGAGCUGGGAUCGGAGGAGCUGGAGCCGGUGUCGUUCUACACCCUGAUCCAGCACCCAAUCAUCCAGGAUUGCCUCUCACUGUGUCACCGAUACAAGGCACCGGAUUUCAGCAAUGUUUUCACCGCCCCUGCCAUUCUGCCUACCGACAAUGACGCCCAUAGCAUUAUGUCCUAGACCCAACCAGACCAGAUGCCUUGAGUCUACUGAUGAUAGAAGAUUUAAUUUGGCACAGGUUUGUGACACGCCUUGAAAUGUCAUUCAUUUUUUUUGAGAGUUUAAAACAAUUCUGAAAAUUGUCAUCUGUUGAAUUCCAGAAGGGCUUUAACUCUGUGCUCCUGUAUACAAGUAAACAUCCUUCUGGCCCUGAGCAAAUGAUAUCUUCUUUCUAUGUAACUUAAACAUUCUAUAAACCUUGAAUGUAAGGAAGGUGAAUGACAAUGAGACACAUAUAAAUAUGAACAGCUUUAUGGAAAAUUGUGAGAUUUUGUGAAAAUACACAUUCCUGACUUAUUAGUCAAUAUUAAUGGGGACUGUUGUGAGUAAAUCAUCAAUAAGAAGGGAAUGGGGGGGGGAUCUUGUAGUCAUAUUCAAACCGUCAAUAUUUAGCUUCGUUGUUGGUUGAAACAGAGGGAAAAGUAGAAUUUACAUCAAUCUUGUACCUGCACCUAACAUAUCAUCUGAUUACUAACGUACUGUAUCUACAUAAGAACUGAAUGCAUAUGUAUGUAAAUAUAAUAAAGAAGUAUAUUUCUGUUACCACAGAGAAUUUACAGAAAUGUGAUUAUGCAGAACAGAACUGUUUUACAAUACAUUCCUGGGCAUUAUAACUUGACAAAAGGGAACCCAUUUUCUAACAUCCAUUUGCUAAGAUGAUUGUAGAUAUUACAAUCCAAGGAGAUAUUUUCUAGAGUUAGCCAUUUUGUGUAAAUACUUGUGUGAUAUUGUUUGAGUACAGCGUUUAAAUGAACUAGCUACAUAUUGGAAUGCCUAGUGUGUAUAUUUAGUGAAACACUACAUUGCACUUUCACUAAAUUUGGGAGAUAUAUCUCGAUUAAGUAUAAGAUAGGCAUGAUUUGUUGUAAACUUUAAAGAAUUGAAACUAAGAUUAUAUUUAUUUUAACCUAUGCAUCCCGUCCAUUUUCUAAUUUAUUUGUAUCAUUAAGAUUUGUCUGUCCGUAGUUCAAGUUGUUUAACGCUAAAUAAAGACCUAUAUAUAAAAUAAUUGUAAAAUCAAAUUGAUUCCAUCCUAAUAAUACAUUCAGACAAGUAUAAAAAUGUACUUAAAAUAGCCUUGAUUUAUUUUGUAUUCAUAUGUUUGAUAUAUUUGAUUGAAAUCUCUUCUAUGCACCCAUUUGUUUCAAAUGUAAAUAAAAGUGAGAGUAAUCUAUUGCUUUAACCAAAAAA